AUGGAUAAAGAUAAGUCUUCUAACCAUGGCACUGGGAGUUUACUGCCUCCAUCAGGGAGGUUCUCUGUUUUUUCUCCUCCUGGUAGUGGUUAUCAUGCAAUGUCUGAGCAAAUGGGAUCAUCAAAUUUGCCUCCACUAGGUCCAGGGAAUUCAUCAGAGCAGGGUCAUUUUGGUCAUGGGAUGCAGUUAGAUGAUAUAAGCCGAAUGCCCGAUAACCCACCUAAGAAUCUGGGACACCGACGAGCUCACUCAGAGAUUCUUACCCUUCCUGAUGAUAUUAGCUUUGAUAGUGAUCUUGGUGUUGUGGGAGAAUUUGAUGGGCCAUCAUUGUCUGAUGAGACUCAAGAAGACCUGUUAUCACUGUAUCUUGACAUGGAUAAGUUCAAUUCAACAUCUGGCACUUCUGCAGUCCAAGUGGGUGAAUCAUCUAAUUCACCAGUGUUGAAGUCCUGUUCUUUAGCCAACUCUUCAACUGAUUAUGAGGCUCUUGCUGUAAGCGAGAAGCCAAGAGUCAGGCAUCAGCAUAGCCAAUCCAUGGAUGGGUCUAUCAAGCCAGAGAUGCUCAUGUCUGGUUCGGAAGAGCCAUCUCUAUCCGAAUCAAAGAAAGCUGUAUCUGCAGCUAAGCUUGCUGAGCUUGCUCUUGUUGAUCCAAAACGAGCUAAGAGGAUUUGGGCAAAUAGGCAAUCAGCUGCUAGGUCAAAGGAAAGGAAGAUGAGGUACAUUGCUGAGCUUAAAGGAAAGUCCAUACUCUUCAGACAGAAGCUACUUCCUUGUCCGCACAGUUGA